AUGAACUUGUUCCUUGCUCAAUGCAGCCUAACUGCCUCUCGCUUAGUCCUUUCAGCGACGUUGAAAGUGUCCAAGCAAGCGAGUGGUGUCUUUGACUUCCUGUUCCGUCAGUGCCCUCAUCCUGGAACCACGUCACCUACGUUGCUUCACUACCUGCCAGAUGCUGCUCUGACUUCCUUCUGCCGGGCGCUGGCACUCAGCUCGACAUUCUCCAACGCACUCGCCUCUGCCCGCAUAGAUACCCAUCUUCAUGUAUUGCCUCCUGCCUUUGCCGCAGCGAUAGAUACCGCUGGCGGUGAUCCCACGGGAUACGGAACUCCCAAUUGGACUCUUGAGGGCAUGAUGGCAUCCAUGGAACGGACAAGCACAGACAUUGGUAUCAUGUCGGUCUCGGCACCCGGAGUCCAGAUUGCCGGCACUGGCCAAGCUGCCCGUGAUCUUGCAAGGACACUCAAUGAGUACCUGGCUAUGACCGCGACCGAGUCUGCAUACGCCAACCGACUAGGAUUCUUCGGUGUCUUGCCAGAUUGGCGCGAUAUAAAUGGUACAUUGGCUAAGAUAGACUUUCUGUACCUCACGCAAAGGCUAUGUAACGGUGUCAUGGUGUUUACUACCUACAGGGAUAUACUUCUCGGCAACCCACUCUUCCUCCCUAUUUGGGAAAAGCUUCAGGACUACAAAGCACUCGUAUUUCUUCAUCUGGAUAGCUUAUCGGUAGGUCCCAAGUUUAUCGCUGGCGGUCUGCCCCAGCCGACUAUCGACUUCCUACUCGCCACUACCCGGACGGCGGUAGACUUGAUCAUGACCAAGACGCUGCGCAGGUUCCCGGGCAUUGAUAUCAUCCUCUCUCACGCAGGCAGCACACUCCCUUUUAUUGCUAGCAGAGCACUCGGUAGUCUUGCUGUACCUGACAUCAGCCAGAUGAUCGGGUAUAGCAUGGCUGAUGCUAAGGCAGACCUUGGUCGUUUUUACUUUGACAUUGCCUUGAGCACUAGUGCUACCCAACUGCAUGGGCUUCUGGACACGGUAGAUUCAGACCGCAUCCUAUUCGGGUCCGACUACCCUUAUACUCCAGCCUUCGCCAUUGACGCACUGCUACUGCAGUAUGCACAAUUUGUGGUCACAGAUGAAAGAGGAUCCCUAAAUCGACCAGAAAAGCUCCGCGAAAAUUCCUUAUCUCUCCUUAAGAAGCAUGCUUUGAUGAAGGCCUUUGAGUAG